CGAAAGAGCGAAACAGAGUUCAGACAAUUGGAUGAGGAAGUGGUGAUGAUGAGUACAUGGGUGUGGUUGUUUAGCAGUUACCCCAUCAGCCUUUCAGAGGUCACAUACACAGAAAAGUAUCGUGGAUGAUGAGGCUGCGGAUAAACGUCUGGACUCCGGCACCUCACAGGAUGGAUACGAAGAUCUUAUUGGCCUCCAUUUUCAUGUGUGUCAUGUUUGGAGUGUCAAGGGCUCAGGAUCCCACAACCACAGAUCAAAUGGUGUCUGCGAGCAGCUCUAUGGAAAACUUGAAAACAAUGCCCACGGCUCUGACUCCCGCUGAAAGGAGAGUGGAAAGUAGAGUUACUAGGGAUGUUGUCUCCUCCCCAGAAACGGACCAGACCACAAACCAGCAAACUGGCACUAGCAACCCAGUGAAAGACAUCAUCACAACAUCAGAAAUUAAGACUUCAACAGCUCCCAAAGCGAAAACAGCAGAACCACAAACGACGUCCACAUCCACUCCAGCAUCCACAGUGACAUCCUCCGGAUCCAUAGCUAAGGAAACCACCACAAAAGGCACCCAUCAAGCUAUUGCCUGGGAUCCGAAGUGGGACAAAGGUUUCACCUACGAUUAUGAGACCCUGCGCAAGGCUGGACUGUCCAUUGCAGCAUUCCUCUUCAUCCUCGGUAUAAUGGUCAUUAGCUGUGGCAAGGUCUGUCGGCUGCCCAAGUGUCACAAGAGGUCAUCAAAAUCAUACCGAGUGGUCCAAGGAUAGAGAGAGAGAGAGAGAGAGAGAGAGAGAGAGAGAGAGAGAGAGAGAGAGAGAGAGAGAGCAUGU